UCAUAACCCAAUCAUCACCACAAACACAAAUCCCAAAAAAAAGAAAAAGAAAAAUGGCUUCAAACACAUGUUUCUUCCUCUUCGCCACCACAGCUCUCCUCCUCCUCGUCAACAUCUCCGGCAGGACAAUCCCGGCGACGGCAGAUCCCACCAACAUAGCGGCAAGGCUUAACGGAGGAGGACUAAUGGAGUGUUGGGAUGCUCUCUACGAGCUGAAAUCAUGCACCAACGAAAUCGUUCUCUUCUUCCUCAACGGCGAGACCAAACUCGGCGAAGGUUGCUGUCACGCCGUCGACGUCAUCACCAUAAAUUGCUGGCCGUCGAUGCUAACUUCUCUUGGCUUUACGUCUGAGGAAACCAACGUCCUCCGCGGCUUCUGUCAGUCUGGUUCAACUCCGGCUCCUUCCCCUGUAAAACUUUGAUAUAUAUACAAACCCUAAUAAUAAUAACGGCUUAUUUUAAUAUCAUGUAAUGGACUAAUAUGGAGUCUUCUUUAACAUUAC